UUCUACAAAGCUUACCCUACCCCACCUAGGUACUUUAAAAAUAUUCGUGGUAACCUAUUGUAUCCUGUGAUCUAAAGAAUAUGAGUCUAAACAUUUAGCCUUGCCUUGGGUAAAAAAUUAGGAAGAAAGGCAUUAUUACAAACCAAUGAGGGUUUGUCCGGGAAGUGAAGUUCGCAUUGUAUAGCGUGUUUUAGAUACGGCCAAAACAUGAACCCGGUUGUAACCGUAACGGAAGGAAAAUUAUCAGGGAAAGUUUGUAAAACUUCCAAUGAAACAGAGUUUUUAACCUUUAAGGGUAUCCCAUACGCCAAGCCGCCAGUAAACCAGUUAAGAUUCUCUGCACCUCAACCACCUGAACCUUGGGAGGGAGUAAGAGAUGCCACUAAAGAGAGUAAUGUCUGCUCUCAGUAUGAUACAGAGAAGCUCAAAGUUGUAGGAGAUGAAGAUUGUUUGUAUUUAAAUGUUUAUACACCAUGCUUACCAAAGACUGAUACUGCUUUACUCCCCGUGAUGGUCUUCUUGCAUGGUGGCGGUUUUAUAUAUGGAAAUGGAACUGAUGACAAUCAUCAUGGACCUGACUAUCUACUUGAUAAAAAUGUAGUUCUUGUGAGCCUGAACUAUAGACUUGGAGUCCUCGGCUUUCUGUGCUUAGACUGCAAGGAGGCACCUGGCAACAUGGGGUUAAAAGAUCAAGUACAAGCUUUGAAGUGGGUGCAACAAAAUAUCAAAAAUUUCAAUGGAGACCCUGAUAAUGUGACUCUCUUUGGUAUUAGUGCUGGUGCGGCUUCAGUAGAAUAUCUUUUACUCUCGUCAAUGACAAAAGGACUGUUCCAUAAAGCUAUCGCACAAUCUGGCUCCACACUACUACCUUGGGCACUAAACAAAAACAUAAGAGAACUCGGUGCAACAAUUGCUACACUAAAGAAAUAUCACGUAAAUGACAAUCAGGACUUACUUAAGUAUUUGAAGAGUAUGUCUAUACAUGACCUGAUAUAUACCAGCAUGAUGGUGUUAGCAGAUGAAAGAUAUAAAGGUGGAUUACAUUUUGGGUUUGUUCCUACUAUUGAGAAACAGGGUGAUUGGGAGCCAAUAAUUACAAAAUCCUCUUAUAAAAUGUUGGCCCAAGGAGAAUUCAAUAAAGUGCCAUACAUGGGUGGUUUUUGUAGUCGGGAAGGUCUUAUUAUUCUGGCAUUUCUUGAUAUUUAUGAAAAAGUUAAAGAAGAAAAGAUGUUUCUUGAUUUUCUUCCUUUUAAUAUUGAUGAUAAUGAGAAAAUUGAGUAUAUAAAUAAAUUUAAAGCUGUUUAUUUAGAAAAGGAACACGAAGAACCAGAUUCUUUUGUAAUAGAUUUUUUCUCUGAUGUUGAUUUUCUAGGAGGGAUCUAUGUUUCCACUUCGUUGAUUGCUAAACAUAAUUCUCCUGUAUACCUUUAUGAAUUUAAUUAUGAUGGGAAAUUGAAUUAUUUAAAGAAGAAGCUCAGUAUUAAAAGAGCAGGUGCUUGCCAUGGUGAUGAUGGAGGCUAUAUAGUUAAGAGUGAAUUGCUUAAGGAAAACCUCUCUGACACAGACAAGUUAGUGCAAGACAGGAUGUGCAGAAUGUGGACUAAUUUUGCUAAAUUUGGGAAUCCAACACCGGAAAUCGACACACAUCUGAUAACAACAACAUGGGAACCAAUUGCUGAAACCGGAAUGGCUUGCUUGCUGAUCAGUGACAAAUUAUCUAUGAAGUAUGAUAUUUACCCAGAAAGAACUAAAUUGUUCAAGGAGCUGUAUGAGAAGUAUAAUUCAGUUGAAGUUUUACAAAAUUAGAGCAUGUAUUAAUAAACCAACAUUGAGGUUGACCAAUAUUCGAAAACCACAUCUUGGCUUGAAAAUGGCGUUUUAGUACAGGCCUUAAUAUUUGAGUACAAAAAGGAGAAAAAUAAGCCAUUAUAAACUAUACAAUAUAACUUUAGAUUGUUUAUCAGCCUCCUUUCAGGGAAUUUUAAUUUCUAAAUUUUCUCUGUUCCGGUCCUGCUUAAACUGUGGCAAGUUAUCAACCUACUGACUAAAAAGUGCCGCGAUUAAAUGUUCUGGUACGAUGCUACGUAGAAACGGGUAGGGGUAUAUAACUGCCAUCUCCAACAGGGCCGCCAUCUUAGGCUGCACAUCAGUUCCUAUCUGGGGAAAUUGCAGUCAAGAGCUAGUUUGUAGUAGUUUAAAAAAAGUCCUUUCAAAAAUAUUGUCUGUGUGUGAAAACUAUUUUUAGAUUCAGAGAUCCUUUUUUAGUAAUAUUAAGCUAUAAGCUAUUGGUAUUUUUUUAAGUGUAUUUUGUCGUGAUUAAUAGAUAUAUAUAACCAUACCAAAUGCUUUCUUGUAUUAUGAGUGUCUAAGCUAAGCCGUGAACGGACGGACAUACAUACAGACUAAAGUUAAAAUUUAAUAAAAAUUUAAACACAAUAUUAUGAUUUAAAUAUAAUAUUUAUGAUUUGAAUAUAAUAUUUAAAUCAUAAUAUUGUUAUUAUUUUGGUUAGACUUUGAUGUGUUAGAUGUUAAUGUAAUCAUUCUCAAACUUUCGAUCGAAUUUAUUUUAAUUGAAAUAAUUAAGAACUAUGUGAUCCUAUUAGGUUAUUUUCAUUUGUUUUAAACAAAAUCUAUAAGCGUAACUAGCACUUAUUAUAUUGUAUUAUACAAAAGUCCAUGUGUUAUAAUUCACAAUAAACUUAAUAUCUAUGUUAGUUGAUAUAUUAAUCUUAGUACUUACUAAAGCUGACAUCCUGUGCGCUUUAAAUACGCACUAUCCUGCCUGCCAGCUAAAACCUUCAGACCUUAUUUUUAAAUUAUUUCUAGUAUAAUAACAAGGCUUGUUUAAAAGGGUGUGUGUAUUAUGCUUUUAUAAUGAUUUCUCUUGAUUGAGUAUUAGUGAGACUGGUUCCCAAUGUCAUAUUCGACUGUAGAUCAUCACGAGUUCCUGGUUUCGAUUCCUGGUCGGGCCAAUAAAUAGUAAUUAUUGGGUUUUUAUAUUUAGAAAUUUUUAAUAUCAGCCCAGAGUUUUGAAGUCCCUGAUUUCUUUUCGGUCGUGUCAGAUCUGCCGUCCCAUCGGACUAUGAGAUUGAGGGAAUAGUGCACCUGUUACUGCGCACACACAUUAUAGAAUCACCCGCGUAAUUGAACAAUCUCUUUUGAUAUUAACCAGCGUGGCCGAAAUAGGGCCAUUUUAAUAUCAAAAAAAAAAAAUCAUAAUUUAUUUUAUUAGUCUAAAUUUUGUUUUUAUUUAAUGUUUGGAUGAUUCAAAAAAAAUCAAAAUUCAUUUAUUUCAA